CCAUUCACUUCUGCUCUUUUUUCCAUGACAAAUAGGGAAGUGCCACCAGAGAGAAGCUAGCAGGGCUCUUCACUGGCACCGUCCGCCAUCUCCUCGCAGUGAGAACCCAGAGAAGAGACACAGUCAUGGCCUCAUCUGGUCCACUCCUUCCCGAGGAGCAGCUCCUGUGCUCCGUGUGCGCCGCCAUCUUCACCGACCCCGUCACGCUGCCCUGCGGCCACAACUUCUGCCGCUCUUGCCUCUUCGGCCUUUGGGACUCCUCUUCCUCCUCCUCCAGCUCCUGCUCCUGCCCCCACUGCCAUCGCACCUUCCCAUCCCGCCCCGAGCUCAGCAUCAACGCCGCCUUCCGCGAAAUCGCCGAGCGCUUCAAGGCUGCGCGUCUCGUCUCCGUCUCGGCAGAGCCGAAGCUGACCUCCGACCCUCCGCACCAACCCCAGGCGGUCACCGUCACCGCCGCCACCACCGGCGCCCCCGCUGCUGGCGAUGAGAUCCCCUGCGACGUGUGCACCGGCCCCAGGCUCAGGGCCUCCAAGGCCUGCCUGGAGUGCCUGACGUGCUACUGCACGGCCCACCUGGAGCCCCACCUGCGGGUGGCGGGGCUGCGGAGGCACCGGCUGAUCGAGCCAGUGGAGCGGCUGGAGGAGAGGGCGUGCGAGCGCCACGGCCGACCCCUGGAGCUCUACUGCCGCUGGGACCAGAUGUGCGUGUGCCGUUUCUGCGCCGAGACCGACCACCUGGACCACGUGAUGGUCACGCUGGACGUGGAGAGCGUGGAGAAGAAGACCUCACUGAAGAUGCUGGAGGCUGAAAUGAACCAGCUGAUUCAGGAGAGGCUGAAUAAGACUCAAGAGGUCAAACGAGCAGAAGAGCUCAGCAAAGAGAACACUCGGAGGGAGGAAGAGAAGAGCGUGCAUAUGUUCCAGGCGCUGCUCCGCUGUGUGGAGGGCGGCCAGGCGUCUCUGGUGAAGGAGAUGGAGGAGAAGCAGACGAGCGUGGAGCGGAUAGCACAGCGCCACCAGCAGGAGCUGGAGCGGGAGACGGCGGAGCUCAGGGCGAGGAGAGACGAGCUGGAGACGCUGCAGAAGAACGACGACCCCGUCGACUUACUUCAGAGGUUCCCCCAGGCUGUCUCCCGCCCGCAGAUGAAAGACUGGUCAGACACCACGGUGUACACUGACCAGUGUGUGGGCAUAACCAGGAGAGUCCUUUCCAAAGUGGAGGAGAUGCUCAAGACCGAAAUGAAAAAGCUGGAAGAAAAUGAACUGAAGAGGAUGCAGGAGUAUGCAGUUGAUGUUACCUUUGACCCUGACACGGCACACCCCAACAUCCACCUGUCUGAGGACAGCAAACAGGCCGGGCGUGGGGAGACCCACAAGGACCUCCCGGACAUCCCUGCCCGGUUUGACCCGGUCCUGUGCGUGGUGGGCAGACAGGGGUUCUCCUCGGGCCGGUUCUACUACGAGGUCCAGGUCGGGAGCAAGACGUUCUGGGACCUGGGGGUGGUGCGGGAGUCAGUGAACCGGAAAGGGAUGAUCACGUCCAAGCCGGAGAACGGCUUCUGGACCGUGCGCCUUCGGAACAAAGACGAGUACCGGGCUUUGGGCUCGCCCUCAGUCCUGCUCGCCCUGCGGGGGUGCCCCCAGAGGAUCGGGAUUUACGUUGACUACGAGGGGGGCCGGGUGUCUUUCUACGACGCGGAGGCCAGACGCCAUGUCUAUUCGUUCACCGGACAUGCCUUCACCGAGCCGCUCUACCCCUUCUUCAGUCCAGGCGUCGCCGACGACGGGAAGAACCUCGCUCCACUGGUCAUAACGUCUGUCAAUCCACCAAGUGGAUUGUGACUGAUCUAAAAUCAUGACACCCUAUUGUGAACUAUCAGUGUGUUGAGUGUUUAGGUCGUGACCAGAGAAUACAAUAAAAAAAUUGAGAACUCCACAUUCUGUGGCAGUCACAGCAGAUGAAAUAAAUGAACUUAAAUUACAUGAUGUCAAUGAUGAAUCACUCCACUGGUGUUUAUUUAAUAAUUCAGAGACACAUUAAAAUGUCAAUAACAAUGGACCA